CGUUUGCACAUCUGUUUGGUUUGUAAGUUUGUGUCGUCUGUGUUGAGAGUUUACUGUUGCCAAUGAUUUAGUAAUAUAGGACAAUGUUGAUAGUAUUUGAUUAUCACAGGAAAGAAAGUAUCUGGCUUUUAUAAAUUAAAAUUAUUGGAGUCCCGUUCAACUUUAGAUUUUUUAGACACACGUACCUAAAAGAAAUAACAAAGUUACUGGAGUAAUAAUGAUAGUUAUUUAUUCCUUUAGCCACUGUGAAUAAGGAACUCGUUCUAUAAAACAAUCUAAAUGAAUUGUGUAAAAUUUUUUAUUUCCUUCUUUUAAAAAGAACUGAUUAUACGGUAACAUCAAUUCUUAAAAUUUUUUGGUAUUAAGAGAAUAUUUAUUGUUGCGAAUAAAUAGCUAGAGGACUAGUGACGUUAGCGAUACAUAAUUAUGUUCAAUAUGGUAGUAGUGGGUUUAAUUGUUUGACAAUUUCAGUUUAAGAAUUUUAAGAAAUUUGACCGAAAAUUAGAACAUUAAAAGUGACCUAGAUCGCCUCUUGAAAUGGAUGAUGAAAAAGUUGAUUUUAAAUCCAUCAGUUUACCAAACCUUCAUGUUGAAGAUGAAAAUUCCAAUGAGUCAUAUCCUCAAUAUGCCAUGAAUGGAACUCAUUUAGAUCUGGAGGAUUGUGAUGAAGAUGAGAAGAACAGUUACCAUUCCCAUACAUUCCAGCCCUUGGACAGUGGCCACCAGAGUUGCCUGGACAUGGGUGCAGGAUUUGAGGGCCUGGAACUCAUGGACCUACUUAAUUACUCAGCUCUCAACAGUGACCUAACACAGGCAGACAAGCUUCGUUUCAUGGAAGAACAACAAGAAAAGUUAAAUUCUAAUCUCAUAGCUCUCAGUACACAUUUUGCUCAGGUACAGCUACGAUUGAAACAGAUUGUAGAUGCACCUCCUAGUGAAAAAGAAGUACUGCUGAAAAAUUUAGAGGAAUUUGCUUUUAGUGGUAUACCAGAAGUAUCAUCAGACAUAUCAGGAAGCCUACUUCUGUCCAAUAAUGUAGAAGAUCAUGAAGAAAAGAUAAAACUUCAAAGAGAGAAACAGAAAGAGUUGAUUACAACGUUAAAGUCUCAACUUGAAGAACUUGAGAAAUAUGCGUAUGAGACUGGAGAAGCUGGCUUACCCCAAAGUUUAGUUUUGGAACGUCAAAAGCUUAUCUUGGAUCAGUUAAAAGGGAAGUUAAACUUAAAUAUAGAUCAUAUGGACCAGUUGACAAUUGAUGAUCUAAAAAGCCAUGUAGACAAUGCAAUAGGCCAGCUAAUCAACCCAAUGAAGAUGAAAGAGCAGUUAGUCAAUCAAUUAAAAACACAAAUAUCUGAUUUGGAACGUUUCAUUGAAUUUUUGCAAGGAGGAUCGGGUACAGGUUAUGGAAACUCCAACUUGUGUACUUGUCAAUGUCCGCUGCAUGAGCGAUCACAUGUAAAAACUGCCAAGAACUUCACAGCGUACUCUGGACGUAGGCAAGAACCUAGCAAUCGACAGAAUGUAGAGAUGCAUACCAAAACCCUGAAUAUAAUGAAGCGAGCAGCAACACUUCUACAGAUCUUUGCACGCCACCAACUAGGUUGUGAUGAUCAUGAUGGCUUUAGCAGAAAUUCUUUGAAAAAGACAAUGAAGUACAAUCACUAUGGAGAUCUUAGGGCACAGCUGGAACUGGCCGUAGCUGAUGUGAUAGAACUGGCAGCUGAGCCUGAGGCUCCAGUGGAUAGUGACUAUAUGUCUGACUCUGAGGGCGUUACUACCAUUCAGUGCAAUGGGAAACUGGCCACUGCAGUGCGAAAGAAGCUGGCUGUCAGCAUCCAGAAUCUCAUACAACAUGGCCUUAUGGCUAUGGGACAAAGCAACAGCCUAGUCCCAUUCAUAGGCUGCUUUCCUCCUCGUCAAGCUUCUGCCAAAGAUCCCAUGCAUGCUUGGGAACUGGUACUCAAGUUUUACGACAUGAAAAAUGGAGAGCAGUUUAACUCUACACCUGCCCGUAAACUGUCACAGAGCUUCAACCUGGAUAUCAUUGGCGGCUCUGCAAUGUCUUAUAAACAGAGUCUACUGGGAGUAGUAGGGAACAUCAUUGCCAGUCACACACCCUACAAGCGGAGUUACGAUUCUCACUUCAAAGCACUAGUUUGUGCUGGUCUCAAUUCCAAAAUGCUGGUUUCCUGGCUUCGUCUUAUUUUCCGUUGCCAACCUCUAAUAGAAUUGUACUAUCAACCUUGGAGCUAUGUUGCUAUCACAGGGUUCGAAGACAGCUUUACCUCACUAGAGAAGCUGAACCAGUUCAACUUUGACCUGCCUGUAGACCUUGCCAUUCGCCAACUACAGAAUAUCAAAGACGCUUUUUAAACCUUUAAGAUCCAACACCUUUGUCAUUGUUAUUGUUGCAUAACAUUUUAUUAGUUAAAGUUUUAUUUAUAACUUUGAUUUUUUAAGCACCAAAGAACUUCCAAAUAUAAAUAAAUUAUUUGUUUUCUA